UUUACAGAUCCACCACUCCCACCACCACCAUGUCUCAAAUUACUAUCAGUGGUGGUGAAAAAAAACAAACCCAUUACUUUGAAACUAGUACUACUUAUUGGAAUAGGUUGAUCAAUUUUCCAAACCCAGAAUUUUUCAUGAAAUUAACAUUUUUGUUAUUCCUUUUCAUUUCAUUUGCAUUUCUAUUCUCCCUAUCAGGAUGGAUCAGAGAUCCAUUGUUGUUCAUCAGUACUCUUAAUACCCUUACCACCACUAAAUGUCCCGAUACGAUAACAAAAAUCCUAGUCGAAAAUCACGAGUACAAAACCAACAUUUCCCAUCUUGUUUUCGGUAUCGGAGGUUCAAUACAGACAUGGGAAUCUCGAAAACAUUAUGCCGAGUUAUGGUGGAAACCGAACAUAACGCGUGGGUACGUAUGGUUUGAUGAGGAGCCAAACGGGACAUGGCCUGAUAAUUCACUGCCGUACCAGGUUUCGGAGGAUGUGUCCGAGAGAUUCAAGUAUGGGACUAUGGCGGCGAACCGGAUAGCCAGAAUUGUUCUGGAGACUUAUAGAUUGGGGUCGGAAAAUGUGAGAUGGUUUGUCAUGGGCGAUGAUGAUACUGUUUUCUUCACUGAGAACUUAGUUACUGUGUUAGCAAAGUAUGAUCAUAAUCAAAUGUAUUAUAUUGGUAUGAAUUCAGAGAGUGUGGAACAAGAUGUAUCGCAUUCGUAUACGAUGGGUUACGGCGGUGCUGGUUUUGCUAUUAGUUAUCCUUUGGCGAAACUAUUAGUGAGAGUCUUGGAUGGAUGCAUUGAAAGGUAUUCUUAUCUGUAUGGUUCUGAUGCGAGAGUUGGUGCUUGUAUGAAUGAGAUUGGGGUUCCCUUGACCAAAGAACUCGGCUUCCACCAGGUUGAUAUGCAUGGUGAUCCGUACGGUUUAUUAGCCGCUCACCCGGUGGCACCCCUUGUCUCGUUGCAUCACCUAGACUACGUGAAUCCAAUUUUUCCAACUAAUACUAGUCAAAUUGAUUCGUUGAAAAGGCUAAUGGGUGCAUACAAAAUGGACCCAGGACGAACAUUGCAGCAGAGUUUCUAUCAUGACUGGCGACGGAAUUGGUCAGUGUCUGUAUCUUGGGGUUACACUGUUCAGAUAUACCCGUGGUACGUGCAAGAUAGUCUACUCAGAACUGCAUUUCAGACGUUUCUAACUUUUGGUAGUUGGAGUGCUGAAACUUUCACAUUCAAUACUCGUCCCUUGAGCUCUGAGCCUUGUGAGCGGCCGCUUAUUUAUUUCCUGGACAAUGUGAAAAAUGGUAAUGAAGUUGGCGAAAACUACGAAACAUUUACUUCGUAUAAAAGAUAUGUAGCUGAGCCAUGGAAUGAGUGCAACAGAACUGACUUCCGUGCUGCUUUGGCUUUGGACACUAUUAACAUUACGGCUACAAGGAUGGAUCCGGGCAUGUGGAGCAAGGCACCGCAAAGACAAUGCUGCGAGAUCACCACCCCCUUUGAUGGAGUGGCUAAUAGCUCUGUUCAUAUUAGAAUCAAGAGUUGCAGUUUUGAUGAAAGUUUUUCCCUGCCUAGGUAGAAUGACUGAUCACCUAUACAUCACCAUUGUAAAUACAGAAACCUUGGUAAGGAACGGUGUGAUUCAACUGGAAGUUUUUUCUUAUGUUUUGUUUUUAUGGUUGUGAUGUUUUGAAACAGAAAUUCAGAUUCUCAAUUAUACA